AUACGUUCAGUAGAUACACAAAGUUGAAACGUGUGAACAAUGAGUCAGUUUCCACCGCCACCACCGGGGGCCCAGCCGCCACCCUACUACCCCCCACCAGUUUACCCACCACCUCAACAUCCCCCUCACUACCCACACCCACCACAUCUUGUUUAUCCCCAGCCACCCGAAAUCCACAUAUCGUACCCUUACUAUGUUCCCGGUACUGCGAUGAUGCCCGCCCAAAACCCAGUGGAACCCAGCCAACCCAGCCAACCCACUUACAUAACCAACUAUAUAUACCACGGAGACUCCUCGAAUACCCCAGCGUUACCUGAUCCCGUGCAAGUUGUUGAAACCUCUGGAGAUUUCGAUUGGAUUCCAUCGACGGCGACCACGGCGAAUAUGCUCACGGGAAGGGCUGUAGUUGGUGGCCACGAGGGAUGGGACGGGAGUCCUCUGUGGGUAAUCCGUGCAUGGCACAACGGAGACUUGAUUCCUGGCAAAUUGUCCGUUCGUCACAACGCGGCGUCCAUCAUGUACGACGGCAAAGAGGUACCAGUUCAGAACAUAGAAGUUCUCUGCAGCAAACCGGACAACUUGAGAUGGGUGCCGGGCUCGAAUGGUUCCGUACCACCUGGAGCAAUCGCUGGCGGUAGGACUGCAUCUGGAGAGACACUGUACGUUGGACGGGCGAGGUACCAGCUGUCUGUCACUCCUGGCAAGGUCCACCCGAGUCACUAUUCGUGUUACAUUGGAUUUGCAGGCGCUGAAGUGGCAGUUAAGAUGUACGAUGUACUCUGUAGAAUCAGUUAGUGAUUUUGUGCAUAGUUAGUGAGUUAGUGUUAGUGUGUGUGUGUGUGUGUGUACUAUAUAUAUAUAUAGAAUGGUUAAGGAAGAAAAUAUUGCUAAAAUUGCUUGUUUAAAAAGUCUGAGUACUUGUUUAACAUAUAGAUCGAUGUUUCCCAAUGUGGAGCCCACGACCCACUGGGGGAAAUUUGAUAGUUAAGGGGGGGGGGGGAAUUAAAAAAUGGACUUGAAGCGAUUUUAACCCUCUUGCUCCGAGCCAUUUAAAUGCAAUGCUAUGAGUAGAUAUGGUGCCAAAUUUAACAGAAAAAGUAAAUUAAAAAAAUACUGUAAAUAUUUAUUAGGUAUCAAUUUUAUUUAUUACCAAAAUAUCAACUAGGCGAUUAGAGUUGUCAAGUAAAGUUUGUCGGGAAAAAUUAUGUAUCUCCCAUACAUAAUUAUAAAAAUUUCAGAAAUGUUCAAGUGGGGUAUGGCACAAAAAAGGUUGGGAAACACUGGUAUAGAUAAUCCAUUGUAUGUUAUAUACACCUACUUAUAUAACUGUAAAUAAAUAGUUAAAAUUAUUUCAUUAAAAAAAAUUGUUACAGUAAAUA